UCUUAUCUCGUUUCACGUACCCCAAGUGACGCAGAACAGAGGAGAGAAGUGCCGGUAGAAAUGGCUCACGCAGCCGCGAUGGCAGUCGUCCUCCCAGUUCGAUCCUUGCCUAAGGCUGCCUCUCAUCUCCCCCACGGAAGCGCCGAAACUACCGUCCGCCACCUUCGGCAGGCGACUGGCGGCGGCCGCCCACCGAAGCGUCGGCCUUCUGCGGUCCCGAGAGCCUCGCUUUCGACCACCAAGGAAUCCGUUCUCAGCGACUUCCGCGAGAGGAGAGCACUCAAGAUCAUAUCAGGGCUUCAAAAUUUCGACAAGGAUAAGGUUGCCUCCGUAGUCAUAGCUGCAGAGAAGGGAGGUGCAACACAUGUCGAUAUAGCUUGUGACCGGGAAUUGGUAGAGCUUGCUCUGGAUUUGACGUCUCUACCGAUUUGUGUUUCCUCUGUGGACCCUUUGGCAUUUCCUUCUGCAGUGGAAGCAGGUGCCCAAAUGGUGGAAAUUGGAAAUUAUGAUUCUUUCUACGAGAUGGGAAUUCAGUUUUCCCCUGAACAGAUUCUAAAGCUCACUAGAGAAACUAGAAGGAUUCUUCCAUCCAUUACACUGUCUGUAACCGUGCCACACAUGCUUAGUCUCCCUGAUCAGGUGAAGCUAGCAGAGUUGCUGGAACAGGAAGGUGCUGAUAUAAUCCAAACUGAAGGAGGGAAAUACUCAAGCCCAUCAAAACCUGGUGUCCUUGGUUUGAUCGAGAAGGCCACACCAACGCUAGCAGCUGCAUACUCCAUUUCCCGAGCAGUUCAGAUUCCAGUUAUGUGCUCAUCUGGAUUAAGCGCUGUUACUGCACCUAUGGCUUUAACAGCAGGAGCAGCUGGUGUGGGCGUGGGUUCUGCUGUGAAUCGGCUUAACGACGUGGUCGCCAUGAUCGCGGAAGUCAAAACCAUUGCUGAGUCACUUGUUCUACCCGCGAGAUUAUCAUCUGAACAGAUGCAGUCUGCUCGACGAUAGCUCCUGAAUAUCUGCAGAUGCAUUUCAUUUCUCCAUCAGUCGAUGCUUUCAACAACAUACUUUGCUGCUGUAUAAUUGCGAGCAAUUUGCUUUUGUUUAAGACUUGGAGCACCUGGUUCUCUGAUUACAUGUCGUGCAUUAAAUGGGAGGUAAACGCGUGUUGCGAGAUCGUUGUUUUCUGAA